AUGGCCUGUGCACAAGUGCCGAUUUGGUUUUGUCAUUCCCAAGGCUCGGUGAAUUAUGUGGUCGCCUACCCUAAGCCGCAGCCGAUUGCUUUGGCGAGACUGGGAAUGGCACAGGACAUGGCAGAGGAUAUCAGUUACCUGUCCUCGUCCUUGAUGGCCUGGGCGCAGCGCAAAACAUUGGCCAGAUACUACGAACUGCCUUUCAUUUUGGCGCUCUGUUUGGAACAGCCUUGGGGGCCGGGCAUGUCGUGUCUCGAUGGGAUGGCCCUGAGCUUAGAGAGGACCAGUCCGGCUGUUGCAUAUGCAAUUCAACAAGGUGGAGUGGAUAGUAAGCAGUUGGGCAAGCCGGGAGUGUUCAAUCCAACAGAUGGGAGGAGCAGUUUUUUGGAUUGGGCAGACAGCAUCAUUACAUUGAGCGAUUCAAACAUGCCUGGUAUCUAUGAAGUGUUGGAAUGGAUUGUAACAUCACAACAGAAGACGCCCAUAACACAAGGUGAUGUUUUGUUGCAUUUUCCGCACUUGGACCCAUUGUUGGUGCAGUAUGCAGAUACAAAUGUUUACGCCAUGCUGACCACGUACACAAUGGGUGAGGCCAGGAGUUUGGUUCGACAAGCCAGGAGGCCCAACGGUUUUGAGGCAUUCAGGUUGCUUCAGAUUCGGUUCAACCCGGUCACCAUUGGCCGUCAAAGAGCUGAUCUUAUGAAGAUCACCAACCCGGCAGCAGCGAUCAGCAUUGACAAGUUGGCGGCUGAGUUGGUGAAUUGGGAGAACCUGAUCGUGCAGUACGAGUCGAGGCCAGGAGCCGAUCGUGUUUCUGAUGCUAUGAAGAUGGCUGCACUAGUUCACAUGGUUCCGAAUGCCUUGAAGCAGCACUUGCAUAUGAACGCCGCAAGAUACACCACCAACCUUGAACUCCGUGAAGAGGUCAUGAGUUACGUUGAGCAGGUGGCACCAGUGGCAUCAACAACAAUGGAUGUUGGAUCAGUUGGUGUUAGCAAGGGAGGGAAGAAAGGUGGAGGAAAAGCCAAGCCGGUCUGCCACAAUUGUGGGAAGACAGGUCAUUACAAGGAUCAGUGUUGGAGCCGUCCCAAACCCUUGAACGCAGUUGAGAAGGAGACCUCGCCUUUGUUGUCUCAGUUGCAGUCGAACUAUGCCAGGGCUGCUGUGGAGGAGUUUCAGCGGUUGAGAUCGACAGGAGCAUCGUCGUCAUCAGCACCCAGUCCGCCCGUAGUUCAGAUCUCCACUCCAUCGUCCCCAACAUCGCCAGGUGCAGCGUCCAGUGCAUUGCCAAAGCCUCCAGUGAGCACCGGUAGUUUGACCAUCAAACACUUGUGUGCAUUGAGCAGGGCACAGGCCAUUGCAAGGCGCAUUGUGGCAGAUGCAGAGCAGGGACGGUUUGAUGAGAUGGAGCGUCGCAUUGAGCAGUAUCUUCAAGGUGCAUGUCCGUUGACAGUGACGGUUGAUUCAGGAGCUGCAGCGUCGGUUGCCCCAGCAGAAGCUUUUGCAGAGCAUGAGCAGUUGGCCCCAGUUGACGGUGUGAGUUUCUUGAGUGCAAAUGGAGAGAUUGAAGGCAAGGUGAAGGGGACAGAGUCCAGCGUUGCUCAGGUACACAAGGUCCUCAUGUCUGCUGCUCAGGUUGCCAAUCGUGGUCAUCGGAUUUUGUUGGCACCCUAUUGGGAGGACAGUUGGAUUGAGGAAAUUGAGACAGGAGAGCGAAUGCAGUUACACCAGGAAGAAGGUGUCUAUGUGCAGAGGAUGCAUGUUGUGCAUCCAUCACGUGAGGGUUUCAACGGGCCGGCGCCGUGUCGGUCAUUCUUCAUUCAUGCAGUGAACGCGGAGGAGGCCGAGGAGGAGACAACAGCGGCUCGUGAUGAGGCCCAUGAAUUAGCAGUGCAUCCAAGUUCUGAUGUUUAUGGUGCAGGUCCUAUGAGCUUGAACGUAGACACCAGUGACUAUUUCCCAGAGGGCUGGGAGGACUAUGAGGCACCCGCGGGAGGUGUCGAUGAGGAGUUGCAUGGAGAAUUGAGUGGGGGUGCGCAGGAGGUGGAUCAGCACAAUGUUACUCAUUUGCCAUAUAGGAGUUGGUGCAAUCAUUGUGUUAGAGGCCGUGGACGAGCGCUAGCACAUCAACGAGUGAGAGAAGAUGCUGACGACAAAGCAAGGAGGAGGCCUCGGGUGAGCAUGGACUACUUUUAUCUUGGACGGCGGGAGGAGGAAUGUUUGCCUCUUCUGGCGAUCUUGGAGGAGAAGUCACAAAGAACUUUUUCAGUGGCCAUGCCGUGCAAAGGGGUUACAGAUCAUCAGUAUCCAGUGACCAUUGUUGUUAAGUUGCUUCGUUGUUUGGGCCUGCAAGAUGCAGUGUUGAAGACUGAUACGGAACGGUCUCUGGUGGCGCUUCGCAAUGAGGUUCAGGCGAGACUUCCCGGUGUUGGCUUUGAAGAUGCUGUCAAAGGGGAGAGCGAGACCAAUGGACCCAUUGAGAAUGCAGUGGGUAAGCUCCAGGGAAUGUGUCGGACCUUGAAGUCAGCUUUGGAGGCUAACUAUGGGGCCGCCAUAUCCUCUCGACAUCCAAUCUUGCCUUGGUUGAUCGAUUAUGCUGGGACUUUGCUAUCCAGGUUCAGUAGAGGACAAGAUGGCAGAACUCCCUAUGAAAGAUCAACAGGGAAACGGUGGCAGCUGAAGCUUCCUGCAUUUGGGGAAUGCGUUCUUUUUCAGAGGUUGAAAGGUGAACGGAAUCCUGCCAAGAUUGAGCCUCGUUUUGAAGAUGGGGUGUAUCUGGGUUUGCAAGAAGGCACAGCUUUGAUGUGGAUUGGUACGGAUCGAGGAGUUGAACGAGCUUGGAGCGUGAAGCGGAGGCCCAGGGACGAGCAGUGGAAGAAGGAAGCAUUGGAGUCUUUGAUUGGGUUGCCGUGGCAGUUGAAGCCACCAGUGACUGCAGAUCCAGGACCCUUGCGACCGAUAGAGAUCGAGCUAUCAGAGGAGCCGAAAAUACCCGAGCCGUUGGUGAAGUUGAAGGGUAGGGACUAUGUGCCAAGAGGUCUCUACAUUCGUCGUGACGUGGAGUUGCAGCAGUUCGGAUACACUGAAGGGUGUGAUGGUUGCUUGGCAGCUCAAAGUGGACUUGCUCAUCGUCAGCAUAGCAGAGUUUGCAAAGCAAGGAUUGCAAAUGAGUUGAGCAAAACAGAGGAUGGUAAAGCCAGAGUGGAACGAGUUCAUGAACGUGCAGAGAGGUACAUUGUCGCUUAUAAGAACAGAGAAGAUGAGAGGAAACGCAAGCUUGAUGAUGACAAACUUGCAAAAGGAAAGAAGGCGACGUUGAGGAAAUCAGAAGAUGAAGAGAUCACAGAGCUUGACAAAAUUCUUGGACCAUCACCAGGUACUGAGUCUUCAGGUUUGCGGCCGCCAGAUCAGAAAUUUGAGCUUGUGAGAAGAGAGGUCAGUCUUGAUGAGACAGCAGAGCUCAUGCUUGGCGAGGAAGUGGAGGCUCGAAGGAUCCUCUUGCAGACAGGAGCUUUGACCGUGAAGGCGGCCUACAGCUUCAGCAGUCCAGUGUUGGUCGAGCUUUUCUCUCCGCCAAGGUUGACAGACUAUGCACAGAGGAGGGCGCUCGGACAAGGUCUCGCAUUGGAUUUGACAACCUCUGAUGACCAAGGGGUUGCAUGGGAUUUUAAUGUGAAAGAGCGGAAGGACAGUGCAUCAGAGCCAAUUGAGAGUAUGAGCCCAGAUUUGUUGUUGGGGUGUCCCCCAUGUCGCAUGUACAGCUUGCUUCAAUACCUCAAUCAACAUAGAGUUGACCCGGAGGUGUGGGACAAAGCAAUGACAGAAGCAGAGAACCAUCUUGAGUUUUGUGUUGAACAAUAUGAAGCCCAGAUGAGGAGGAACAAAUUUCUCUUGCACGAACAUCCAGCAUUUGCUACAUCAUGGAAGUCGCCAUCGGUUGAACGCUUGAAAGACAAGGAAGGAGUGUUUCAUGUUGUUGGCGACAUGUGUGAGCAGGACAUGCGUGUGUCGGAUGAACAUGGCGAGGGUUUUGCCAAGAAGAGUACAGGUUACCUCACCAACAGUGAAUGCAUUGCACAGGAACUUUCCAAGCGCUGCUCAAAUGAUCCGGAUGCAUUGAGUGUUUUCAGGCAGGUCAACUUCAGUGCAACAAAAGGGCAGUAUCCAGGCCAAGGGGGCCCAUCUUGGGAACGUGUGCAGAGAAGGGUGACGUUUGAUUUGACAAAUCAUCGUUUGUUGCAGGAUUUGAGAGAUGUUCAUUCAGCCACAAAAGAAACGUUAGAAUUCAGAAUUCCAUCACAAUGCAAACAAGUUGAAACAGUUUUCUACCACAUCAAACCAGGCAAGGUAUGGCGCAGACAUGUUCCCCUUUUGGGGGGUAAGGCAAAGCAGUGCGAAGUGUACCCCAAUCUUCUCUUGCGCAGUAUCUUGAAGGGGCUGAGAAAACAGUUGAAGAAGGUGAAGCCAAUGAGCGCACUUAGUUUUGGUCCAACAAAUGAAGAAGUCGAUUUGGACAUUGAACUGGCACCCUCAGGUUUACAGCUUGCAGAUGAUUGGAUUAGUUUUGUUGAUGAGAUUUCCGGCAAACCGCUGUCAGCAGCAGGAGUGCGAAAGGCUAGAGCAGAGGAGAUUGACUAUGCUGUGCGCUAUGGUGUGUGGGACACUGUACCCAUAGCUGAGGCUUAUGAGUAUGACUCUAAAGGGCCAAUAUCUUCUCGCUGGAUUGACAUCAACAAAGGAGACGAAGAUCAUCCUUCGUAUCGUUCUCGCUUGGUCAUUCAAGAGAUCAGGCAGUCGCAUAUCGAGGCGGUGUUCGCAGCCACGCCUCCCUUAGAGUCCGUGAGGAUGCUUUUGAGUUUGCAGCGAAGUUGCACAGAUCUCGAUAGCAAGGGGAGGAGGAAGAAAGUUCUUUUUGUUGACAUUCGCCGUGCACAUUGGACAGCCCGUAUAUUCAGACGAGUGUACGUUAGACUUCCAGUGGAGGCGGGAAAUCCAGAAGGAACUUGUGGCCGGCUCAACAAGGCCAUGUAUGGUUGUCGUGACGCCGCAGCAUGUUGGGAGCUUGAGAUCACAGACUUCUUUACAACCAACGGUUUUGCUCCUGGCAUUGGCAGCCCAGUUCUUUUUGUCAACACUACAAGAGACUUGAAGGUUUCGAUACACGGUGAUGACAUUACAGUGUUGGGUUUUGAAGAUGAUUUGAUGUGGCUUUACAAACAGAUGGGCACAAGAUAUGAGAUGAAGUUUGGGGGCUUGCUUGGACCAGACAAGGCAGAUGUUCAGAAUGUUGCCAUCUUGAACAGGCUUGUGCAUUGCGGUCCAACAGCAACAACAUUUGAAGCAGACCCCCGACAUGUUGAGAUUAUUUUGAAUGAGUUGAAUUUGACAACAGCCAAGACAGUUUCGUCGCCCGGUGUCAGCAGCUCCAAUCCCGAUGAAACAUUGUUGACAGGUACUGAUAUCACAAGGUACCGUAGCUUGACAAUGAGGGCAAACUACUUGAGCUUGGACAGGCCAGACAUCGCCUAUGCGACCAAAGAGUUGGCUAGAGGCAUGCAGAAUCCUACUCAAGGACACUACAACGGCUUGAAACGGCUUGCAAGAUAUCUUGGAGGACACCGGAGGCUCGUGUGGAGCUAUGCGGAACAGUCAGAGCAAAGCAAGUUGAAAAUGUUUUCGGAUUCGGAUGAUGGUGGAUGCCUCGCAACAAGGAAGAGUACUUCAGGUGGUGCAUUGAUGCAUGGCAGUCACUUGUUGAAAUUUUACUCUUCAACCCAGCAUGUGAUCAGCUUGAGUUCAGGAGAAUCGGAGUUCUACGCAGGCAUUAAAGCUGGGAGUGUUUUGUUGGGUGGCAUUGCGACAAUGCAAGAUUUGGGUUGUGAGUUUUCAGCAGAGUUGGUGUUUGAUGCAUCUGCCGCGAAGACUAUGCUUGGAAGACGUGGCCACGGUAAGGCCAAACACAUUGCACGAUGUUUCUUGUGGCUGCAACAGAGGAUUCAAGAUGGUGAUAUUAUGUUGGGAAAGUGCGGAACCAGUGUAAAUCCAGCAGAUUUGGCAACCAAACAUCUGGAUGGUGCUCGCAUCCCGAAGAAAAGAGGUGCUCAAGAGUUUCGCAAGGUCUCUCAUGUUUAUAGCUUGCCGGAGCUGAAAAGCAGACAUGCGUACAAGGCCAACCAACAAGCACUGAAAACGCAGCAGGCACCGGUUCAACAACCGCAGACACUGAAGAGAGCACACCAAGAACCUUUGCAAGCACACUAA